GGGAAAAAGGAGCUAUAAAUAGGGAGAAAGAGAAGGAAGGAGGAUGAGAGAGGAAUUAAAAGUAGGUAUAAUUUCUUGGUUGGCUUGGCACGAAAGAAAUUUGAGGGAUCAGAAUUUGGUGGGUUAAGAGAGAGAAAGAAAGGGCUAAGAAAGUUGGUUGUAGACAAAUAGAUAGAGAAGACAACGAAGAGAGGAGCUCUGGAUUCCACCUCUUCCGUCCUUGGCGACGGUGGUUAUGCCGCUUGGCUUUCAGGUUGUGCCGGGCUUGGAUCUAAAAGGAUUUGUUCUACUUAAGACAUGGAGCAUGUUUGCUUCUGGUCAAAUUGCUUCCACUAUCGGACAGUUUCAUUCCAGGAAGUGCUUGACUGGCGAUUUCUCAUCCGUGGAGAUUUUCUUCUGGUUUCCUUUGUUAAUUGCACUUAGUGGUCUGUUGCUCUUAAAUGAUCAUAGCAGGAGGCGUGAUGCUAGUUACUCCUGAGAUUGGUGUUGGAUCUUUAGUGCACUUGUACCAUGCAUUGCUGAUACAACAUCGAGUCGAACUUUCUGGGAAAACAUCUUCAGGGGGCUGAGGUCUGCCAAUCUGCGGUUGAAGUCUGCUACAUAGUUAAUAGUAGAUAGCAAUUUGUCGGACCUGUGCAGACAUAUUAGUUCUUGGUUAAUAAUUUCUGUUACUUCUGAUGGGUGCUGUUUAGAGUGGGAAGUCCUGAAGGUUUUGCACCCUUUUCUACGUGUUAUAGAUGAGAUAGUGUUAGUUAAGUUUUACAAUUCUUGGUGGCACUUUCUUCAGCUGGGAUAUCUAUCCUGUUACGUUGAUCAGUCCUUCCGACUGCUGCUUGGAUUAGUGUCAAUAUGUUCAAUAGUACUUUUCCUUACUCGACAUCCAUGCCAUGCCAUUGUUGUCCAGCCAUGGGUUUAGUAAUAAAUAAGGCUGUGCAGCACGCCCAUCAAGACAUGUCUGGUUUUGUGCUUUUGCAUUCUGCCUGAGAAUAUUGAUGGUUUAGCUGGACCAGCAAGGCAGUUUAUAUUCUAUAGAGUCUUCUAAAGAUCAUCUACUAAAGAUAAAUGCCAUUUAUCUUCGUGAGUUGUUAGUACUUGUUUUGAGUAAAUAAAGGAGCUGCUUUGUGUUCCAUAAGAAUGGAGAGGUAUAAGUUAAUAAAGGAAGUUGGUGAUGGAACUUUUGGAAGUGUGUGGCGAGCUAUCAAUAAGCUGACUGGCGAAGUUGUUGCCAUUAAAAAGAUGAAGAAAAAAUACUUCUCAUGGGAGGAGUGUGUGAAUCUGAGAGAAGUUAAGUCAUUGCGAAAAAUGAAUCAUCCAAAUAUUGUGAAGCUUAAGGAAGUCAUCAGAGAGAACGACAUAUUAUACUUUGUUUUUGAAUACAUGGAGUUCAAUCUGUAUCAACUUAUGAAAGACAGGGAAAAGCUUUUCUCAGAAGCUGAAAUCAGAAAUUGGUGCUUUCAAGUUUUUCAAGGUCUUGCUUACAUGCACCAGCGUGGAUAUUUUCAUCGUGACCUUAAGCCUGAGAAUUUGUUGGUUACAAAAGAAACAAUCAAAAUUGCUGAUUUUGGUCUUGCUCGAGAAAUUUGUUCACAACCACCGUAUACGGAGUAUGUCUCAACACGAUGGUAUCGAGCACCUGAAGUGCUACUUCAGUCAUGCUUGUAUAAUUCUAAAGUUGAUAUGUGGGCUAUGGGUGCUAUCAUGGCUGAGCUGUUCACACUCCGCCCUUUAUUUCCAGGUGCUAGUGAAGCUGAUGAGAUCUACAAAAUUUGUAGUGUUAUAGGCAGUCCAACUAGGGAUUCAUGGGCUGAUGGUCUUCAUCUUGCAAGUGAUAUUAACUACCAAUUUCCACAGUUAUCGGGUGUGCAUCUAUCUGCAUUGGUUCCAUCAGCUAGCAAUGAUGCAAUUGACCUUAUUGCAUCACUUUGUGCUUGGGAUCCUAACAAGAGGCCAACAGCAGCAGAGGUUCUUCAGCAUCCUUUCUUCCAGAGUUGUUUUUAUGUUCCUCCAUCCCUGCGUUCUAGAUCAGGUGUUGCUAGAACACCACCAUCAGUUGGAACAAGAGGAUCACUGGAGCAACAAGGAGUAAGAAAAUAUCCUGCCGCUGUAUCUAAUGCAAAGCUUGCAAGCAAUUUUUAUUCACCAAAGUUACAGGCUUCUGUAGGCCAAGGUGUACAUCGCAAACUGGAUUGGCUUAACCAGGAUGCAAAAAAGAUCGAUAAACCUGUGAAGAGCUCCGUCAAACAACAAAGAUUUCGACCCUUUGGGAAGAGCAGUCCAACCCUAGAGAAUAGAGGAAGGGCUGGACGUGGAGUCUCUGAAACAGCCGAGAAGCUGGCAAAUAUGAAGAUUGGUCCUCGUAGGCCAACCAUGCAGCAGCAGCAGCAGCAGCAGCAGCAGCAGCGCCCUCCUCCCAUGAAAGCUGGAGUCCGUUGGAUCGGUGGCGAGCCUGGUGAUUUGUAUCUGAGGCCUGUUCGAGAGGUUCAACCUGUCAGACCAUAUGCCAGAAAAGUUGUGGGAUGAUGAUAAUAUGGGACGUUUAUGAUGGUUCAUGUGCUGAGCAUGCUACCACUGUUUACCUGCAGUGGAUAAUAUGGAUUUCGCAUCAACUUCCAAGUGAAACUUACGUACCUACCGUGUUGGCAUUUAUUUCUUUGUUGGUGAAAGUUUGGAUAUUACUAUGUUAUCCUAUAAUAUAGUAUCGAUAGUAUCAGCAUGCUUUAAGCUAUUUGGAUAUUUUUCUAUGUUACGAUGUUGUCCUAUAAUAGUAGCAGCAUGCUUUUAAGCUAUUUAGAUAUUUCUAUGUUACCCUAUGAUAGCAGCAUGCUUUAAGCUAAGUCUUACUGUGGAUGUAAUCCCUAGUUUGUUUUAAUAUGGGUUGUUUUGUACCUAAGCUAUGUGACGAUGACUGGUUUUAAUAUGUGCUUUAAAGAUCCGGUUACAGUCUAAUAAAAUGCAUGCUGUUUACUUGA